AGGAGAUGAGCAGCUCCGUAGAAGAUUGGCUCCGAUCGCUGGGUUUCAUUCACUACACGCAAGCCUUUCUUGACAAUGGCUACGACGAACUGGACAUUUGCAAAGAAAUUGGCAAAGAGGACUUGGACGCGAUCGGAGUGAGAAAUUUUAAGGACAGAACUGAUAUUCUAAAUGCAGUAGAACGCUUAAAACAAAGUGGAACAGCAGUGUACUUUGUAUUGGAAGGCAAUGCCGAUAGCGAGUCUUUGGCAGCUCAACCGGAGCGAGAAUCUUACCCUCCUAUUCAGUUGAAAAUGAUGCUACGCGAUAAACUCGAAGAAGACAAAAUUGAUCUUACUGCUCUUCCUUAUACACUACCGGUGAGUACUUGUUGAUUUAUUUUAUUAUUUAUUUUUUCAAUUAAUAUUGAUCGCCCGGACAUAUACUCGAUCAAUGUCCAAGGCCAAACAGUUUCUCGCGCAGGCAUCGAAAAUGUGCAAUCGAAUGGGUGUUUCGCGUCCACACGUAAUGUACGAGGCUAAUCAAUUUGCUAAGGCAGUGAAUGGACGUGUGGGGUGCUUCGAAUUCUACUCACGUACAUCUUUCGUGAACAAUCAAACACAGUAGAGUGCUUGAUUUAUUAAUCUCCUAAGCUAACAUGUACUCAUAUUGCCCGGAUUUGAAGGUUAUGGGAAUUUCAAAAUUGCUAUACUUUGGUUUAGAUUACUUGUAUACACAAUAACUGUUUAAUCCCGUCAGGAAGUCACAAUUAUUCAUCGGAAAUCAUCAUUCUUUACUGGAAAUGAAUUAACAUAAUAACGUGAUAUUGCUUUGACUGCACAUUUCAGGACGCUUGGACAGGUUGAAAUUUGCACGUUGGCUUUACUUUAGACUCCUAAAAUUAUUUGUUUAUUGAUUCCAAGGUCUCAAAAAUAAUCCUACAUAAUUGUAGCAUUUAUUGAAGCUCUAAUAAUCUUUUAAAUGACAAACAUUUCCUUUGAUAGUUUUUUAAAUAGUUCAGGUAAACAAGGAGCAUCGAGACUUUGGCAUACAUUGUUAAACAUGUUUGUAACUGCAGAUGAACUCUGAACCCUGUGAUGUUUUUUUGUCUUAGUUCAUGCAUAAGAUUGUUGUGAACUUUGAGAUAAAUUAGUUGUUAAAUUAAUUAGUGCGAUCUCAUGGUGUUUUAGGGAAAGAAACUGAAAUAUUUUUUUCCAAUUUCGACUAAGGUUAGCCACUAAGUUACCUAUCGAAAAUCAAUGGAAUGAUGAUAGCACCAAUAAACUUACUUUUAUAUCAUAAUUAUUGGUAAAUGUGAGUGUUAUUUUUAAUACAAUAUCAUGGGCGAUGAAUUACUCCUUAAUUUUGGUGUGAAAUUUCAGUGUUAAUUAUGAUAAUUAUUUCACAUGGAAAAUAAAAAAUUGCUAUGGCAACCUUCUGUACAUUUCAGUGCCAAUAUGGUGAGGAAGUUUUAAAAUGUUAUUAAUGAAGUUGUAAAGACAUUAAAAGAGGCGUUAUAAAACCAAAUAGACAAAAGAACACAUCAAGAAGGAUUCUAACAAGAAUUUUGUUGAAAAAUUCUAAACUUAAGCUAAAUUUAAGCUCUGAACUUUUGAGAGCAUGGAUUCCUUGGUCGAUACGGAUAAAUAUGUCAAAAAUCCUUGAUUGGGAAUGUAAUUCAUCUCGUAUGAUAUUAAAAAGUAAUCAAACGGUUAACUCGUAAAAUUAGGGAAUAAUUUCACUCAUGUUUUGUUCAAAUCCCAAUAAUUUCCUGAGCCUUUUGGACAAAACGUGUGUGAAAUCAUUCCCUAAUUUCACUCGUUACCAUUUGAUCACACAUACUAACAUUGUAACCACCAGGAUUACACACACCUGGACAAUCAUAUUCCUUUCUUAUGACCUUUAAAAAUAUUUUUGUUUGUUAUUUUAAAAGGUCUCACUCAUUUAGCCUAAAUUAAUGUUAUCUGUACAGUCAUGUAAUCCUUUAUUGAAUUUGUUGUGUUCACUGUGGUUGAACUUUUCUAGAAGAUCAUUGUCAUCAUCAGUCUCUUUUUGCUGAGUGGGAAGCAUGUUUAGGUCUAUUGCAUGACUCUUUGAGUCUGAAUAGUGACCAACAUCAGUUUUCACCCGACAAUGUCAAUACAUAAUCAAGAGAAAAAGGUUAAGAGAGUUUAUGAAAUAAUCACCAAAAGAAAAUGCGAUGAUCUUUUAACAAAUUGUCUCAACCAAUUUUUCAAGGAAAUAUAUGAAGAUCAGUCUGGAGAAUUUGUAUUUGGACAUUUGGACUUAAAGGGUGAACAAUGUUCUUUCCUUAAGAUCUCAAUCUUAACUCCUUUAGUUUAUACUUCACUUAAUGCAUCUCAACAUCUCCCUCUGAUCUCUUUCUCCUGCAGCCAUAGUGCAGGAAGCAGGGCAGGAAUGUCCAGGUUUGGGGUUCAUUACAACAACAGAGACCUCUACCCAAGAUCUCAUUCUUGACUUUUGUAGUUGAUUGGAACUUCCCUUUUGCUUCUCAUCAUCUCCCUCUCUUUGUGGUGUCCCAGUACAUUACAGCACCCUCAGUUAUUUUCACUUGUGUUUUGGUUAGUUAUCAUUUUUGUAUGGACAAACAACUCUCUUUUAAUGAAGACCUCUGUUUAUAUGUAGUCGUUCAAUUUUAUUCUUGUUUUAAAUUUUCUUUUCUUUUGUUUCAAACUCAUUAUCAUGUUAUUAUGAUCAUACAUUACCAUACCCAAAAGCAAAAGAAAAUAAAUUUUGAAUCAAGGAUAAAAUUUAACCACAACACAGGGUUGUAGUAAAGGAAAUUGCCUGCUGAAAAGAAAAUGGAGGCGGCAAAAAGAAGGCAGCAUGGCGCCUUUUUGGCCAACAUUGGGGACUGUAUGGGUGUUUUCCUCUGUUUCAUACCGAUCACUGCUCAAAAUCCAGCCGGUGAUAGCCUCUGACUAAGCUGGCUAAUUUUGCCCGCAGUCGGCACUUAGUGACAACCCUGUCAGUGUAUUGCUGGGUCGAGUUGUUUGAAAGGUGGAUAAUGCUAUCCACUGGUUAAAUCUCUAUCCAGAGGAUAAUGUAAUUUGUUCCCUAGUGCUUAACUGCUGGAUAUCUAGUUAUUUAUCUGGUGGAUAGUAAGUGUUGUCAGAAAGUUUUGAAGUAGACGGCUGAGUUGUCAAAGUAAGAGGCCAGUCCAGGGAUAUUUAAUUUAAAAAGACACCAUCCAUAAAGAAAUUCCAAGCAGAGUAGCUGGCCAAUACUAACCAAGUAGGCGGUGAUUUGUUACUUUUGACAACCCUGGAUAGUGCUAUUCACUUUUGAACAACCAGGGCUUGAAUCUCUCUUAUCUGAACCCUGAUUAACAAGACUUUUCAUUUAUCUGGCUUUUUUCUCCUUUGGUCCCACAUUUUGUUGAAAAUUGAUGACAACAGGAAAAUCUGAGGUUAUGAUUCUUUUCGUCAUGAAAUAAUUAUACCAUUGAAGCUUAUUUCAUUUCAUUUUUUUUCAGUCCAUACUUGUGUUGUAAACAAUGAAGGGAAUUUUGCCAUCAAUAAAUUGUACAGCAAAUGACAGAUGAAUACAUUUUAGCUAGUGUUAUUUGAUACUUGAUCUUUUGAAACUACAAAAGUGGCAACCAGUAUUUUUGACUAUCCAUACUCUUUAAAUAUUCUGUUAUUUACCCCCAGUCCUGUCAGAAUCGGAUAAUAAAUAAUGAGGUUCAACUGUUAAUUCACUCUCUACAAAAUACUUGCAGAGUCUCAUUACUGUUGUUAAAACUUAAGGUUAUUGAUAUUUUGUGGUAAUCUCCUCUGAUAGGAUGGUUCUGAGGGAUCUUUGGAUACUUUGGUUACCCUAUACGCUGAUAAGUUUUAUACUUAUGAGGAUCAGGUGCUGUCAGCACUGAGAAGUUUACGGCAACGGCAAGCUGAAAAGGAGGAAGCAUCUGAUCUUCCAGUUCCUGUACAUGCGGCGCCGGUAAGAAUGAGUUGGAAGCAUUGAGUUAUGAUUAAGUUGGAUUAAUAAUAUUCCCAUAAAGUAAUAAAACUCAUCAGCUAUGCCACCUUUGUUGUGGGUGGUCCUUUCCCCCACGGAAAAUACUGCUGCUGUCAGCAUUACCAUCAAAAUAGACUUUUCCACAGUUGUUUCAACUUUUGAUAUGGACCAGUUAGGAAAAAUCCGUCGAUACUACUGCAAAGAGUGCCUAGUUAAAAUUGGUGAAAUUGCUAAAUUUCAAAGUGAUAUGUCGUAAGCAAGCAAAGAUAUAGCUCCACAGAGUUGUGAAAAUUUUCAGGCAUUUGCAAGGUGGGGGGCAAGUUUGUGCUCCCCACCAUAAAAAACGUCUGUAAAAUUUUGCUACUUUGAGAUGCUAUAAUAUGUCUGUUAGUUUUCAACUUAUCACUUUCAAACUUGGCAGUUUUACUCAUUAUAAGGCGUUCUUUUUAGUGAUGUUGAUGGAUUUUCCCUGAUGUGUCCAUGUCAAAAGUUGUGUACAGUACCUACAAGUUCUGUAGAUACAUGUAUAAUACUACCAGUUAUGAUUAAAGCUACACUUAAACUGAGUGACUAAUAUUUUUAUCUUUUAAACCUUUAGCUCUCCCCACCUGUUACAUGCACACGGGUAUUUAGACACUCGUCAAAACAUAGUUCUCGUGGGUCAAAGGGAUCAGAUAAAGAGGGACAUGGGGUGGCUUCAGAAGAUGAAGACAAAACAAGUCCUGCAAGAGCUGUAAGUAUUGCACAGAACUUGAGAAGGUUUUGUUAAGUUUGUACUGGGACUAAUUCAUGAUUGUUUUCUAAGUUUUCUGCUGUUGCAUUUGAAGAGGAGUUUGAAGUUCUGAAAAAAGUCAUGUUACAUAUAUUGAAUGCAUGUUUUGUGCACCAUGUGUAGUUAUUCCCAGCAGUGGCAGAUUGAGAUCUUCAAGUUAGUGGGAAGGGGAGAAGAUGGGGGUGCUCAUCUAGGCCCUGAGAGAAGAGGUGGCUGGCCGUGAAAAUAUUUUUUCUCACCCUGCGGGAUUAAUUAUUAUUGUUUUAGUUUGGUGUGAAAAUAAGGUUUGGACCCCUCCCCUAGAUCUGCCAAUGCCUAGUGUACUUGUAUGACUGCAAAAUAUGUAUCUGUUUCUUUGCUUACCUCAUAAUCUUUCAAUUUGUGAGUUUCAAUGUACAUUGUGACACUUUGACUCGAUGUUUUAACCCAAGCUGAUAAUGGUCAGGUAGCCAUACAAUCAUAAACAUCUCGGAGUAUUAAAAGACAUGGCAUAUGUCUGCAAGAACAUGUUUUCACGUUAUCAAGGAGGGUUACAAUAUUUCAUAUAGUAUCAUUAUACAUUGCAUUUUUUGCUUCAUUACAGGGAAUGAACCCUGCGGACUAUUUAGAUGUUGAAAGUCCUUUCCAGCGUGGUAAUAAAAAAAGUAAGAAACGGAGAAAAGUUGAACGAAACACUAAACUUUCCAGGAGUUUGGAUUCUCUGAAAGAGUUACAUGGUAAGUGAAGAUGAUGUUAUGGUACUUGUUAACAUAAUGUUUAAUUCCAGUCUUUUAUGUCCCAACUCCAGUUAUUCUAUGUUUUCAAUUUGAAUCAUGAAUAAUCUUACUAAUAAUCUAGUUACUAGUCUAAGAAGACAAAAUUUGGAAUAGUUAUUAAACUAGGUUGCAACCUUUGUCAUCAGAAAAUUUUUGUUUUUGAACUACAAUUCCGAUAAAAUUGGUCCUGGUUUUUCAAAAGGUGCAUUAAGAAACGGUCCAGAUAAGAAUGAUAGCAACAAUGGCAACAAACAUGUUAGAAUGCAAAAAAGGUGCUAACUUUUCUAUUGUCUGUACUUCUGAUUGGCUUAAACAAAACUUCAUAAAGCGGUACAUAUAUUCAUCCUUACUUUCUAACCAUCUUCCAUUUAACAAAAUCUGGUCUCAGUUUGAAUAACAAAGAAAUCCUAUGUGGGGAACGUGUAAAAUUGUAAACUUUUCUUGGCUAUUGUUUUCAACUCUUGUGAUUGGUCAAAAUCUUUUAACACAAAAAAACACCCUUUCAAAGUGGAGUGUACAUGCAUUUUAUUGCAUAAACGGCCUUCAUGUAGGUUUAUGCAUUCUCUGUGUAAAAAUGAGAACAUUCCUAUGUGGGGAAAGCACCGUUGCCGCAUAACAAAAGAAAUUGCUAUCCACCUUACUCGGAUCAUUACUUAAGUGCUAUCCACUUGAUGUUAUAUAGGGCUGUCAAUAAGGGCUGGUAGCCAGUCAAAACCACCGGCUAGUUGGCCAUCCUUAUAGUUGGCAUACUUUCAUCCCCUUCUACCAUAACUGUUAGCAAAAAAUAAGCACCAUCAAAUAAAAUUGUAGAGCAUCUGUUUCCCAGUUUUGAAUGACCUUGAGCGCAUAUUUAAACAGAGAGUGAAAUGUUCGUACUGUGCUAUUUUGUGGAACCCUUGGGACAUUUCAACAGCACUUCCCGGUGUUGCGUGUAUUCUGACGAAACAACAUGCAUAUGUUGUCUGGGGUGGAAAAUACCUGGAGAUGCCUCGGCACUCCAGAACCUGUGCCUUUGGUUAGAGUUCCAAAGCCGCCUACUAUUCGUCAUCAGCCUGCUACUUAAAAAACUUUUUGACAGCCGUAAUUGUAGAUACAAAGGAUGCAGUACCCUUAUCCUUCACUGAAAAGUUAGGCUUUAGGUGUAUACAGCACUAUCCAGCACAUUCCAGCUUUUAAACUAUUAUUGUUCCAGGUUAGUGCUCAGAUCCCACUAUCAUCAAAGCAUUUUGUUUUACACGUAUGUAUUUUUUGUUUCAGUCAAUGUUGAUCCAAAGACCCGAGAACGGGAACAGUCAUCUUUCAAAUCCCGGUUCAAGUUGUUUCAUGGAACAAAGAAAAAGCACCACAGUACUUCUAGUAGUGACAUGAGAAAGCAAGCCUUGGAGAAAAAGCUAUCAAAUCCAAAUACUACCAAAGAUUAUGACUUGCUUGCUUCCGCUAUUAAGAUGAGCGAGGAAGAUCGCAUGGCAUUGAUGAUCAUGGUUAAACAAGGAGAACUUACUGUGGAAGAAGCUGUAGAACAGUUAAAAAAGUGAGACACAUUACAUUCACUGUGUGGUACACUUCUUCAGGACUGAUAAUUUUUCGGAAAAAAAGUGCAAACAAAGGAUUUUAAGGGCAGGGAAAAGUCAAGAAAUCUGGUGAAACAUCUGAGAAACUUUCAGUUGGUCUAGACAGCAGUCCAUUGUUACAGUGAAACCUUGAUCUAACGAACCUCUAUAUAACCCUUUAAUUCCCAAUAGUGCUCAAGAUCAAUUUUCUCCUAACGAUAUCCAUAGACUGUCAUGAGCAAAGUCUAUGAGAAUUAACAAAAUGAUCACAAAGAGAAAAAUAUUUGAUCUUUUACCAAAUUCUCUCAAAUAAAUUCUUCAAGGAAAUGUAUGGAGACCAGUUUGGAGAAUUUGUAUGUGGAUUUUGGGACUUAAAGGGUUAAUGAAGUCCUAAGCAUAACAAACAAUUUUCUUUAACCCAGUAACAGUAAAAUAAAUGGAAAAGAACCUUGAUAUAGCGAAACCUUGUUAUAAGAAACAUAUUUUGCCAAUCCCUUGGCCCUUCGUGAUAUCGAGGUUCCACUGUAGUUAAGAAGAAAAUAGCAAAAAGAGAGAUGUGAAGUUGUUUGAAGGAAAGAUCCACAUCCCUCUUAUUUCUUUUAUGUUAUUUUGCACUUCCCUACUUCCUAAAACAGGCUUGAUACCCCAGUUACAAAUGACUUGUAUGCUACUUCAGUAUUAGUAAAUAUAUAGCUGUAUGCCAUGACAAGCAUACACAGUUGUUCACAUCUAUCUCUAUUAAUUUUGUGUAAACUCGUGGAGCAGGGCUGUCACUCGCUGGGCAAAAGCAACAUGUGGGCAGCAAAUCAAGCAGCUAUAUUUUUAUUUUAUUUUCCCUUGAAAGUAACCAAGGGCCAUGUUCAUAGUAGUGGAGAAAAUCGCUGGCCCCUGACCCUGCAUGUAAAUGACAGCCCUGCAGAGGGGAUCACAAUCAGUUAUAGCUGUUAUAAUCACUAACGAAAUAUUUAAUCAUAACUAUAACAAACUUCUGAAAUCUGAUUGGCGAUCAGUUGUACUGAUUUCAGCACUAACAGUGUAACUGGACAGUAUGUAUCAUGCCUAAUUAAUUGGACAGUAUGUGCCGUCAUGUGUGCGCUUAAAUGGCUUAAUUUUUCACUGUUAGCAAAAAACUUGUGCUUUGAUUUAAAAAAGCUUAAAAUUCAAAAAUUUUAUUAUAGUCAUGAUUAAUUGGUAACAGAACUUCAUUUCAUCCAAUUUGUAUGUGUAAUCAAAUGGUGACGAGUGAAAUUAGGGAAUAAUUUCACGUGCGUUUUGUCCAAAUCCUAAGGAUUAGAAAUUAUUAGGAUUUGGACAAAACGCAAGUGAAAUUAUUCCCUAAUUUCACGAGUAUACCAUUUGAUUAUCUAUUAAUAUCAUAGGUGACAAAUUACGUUAGCAAUCUUGGAUUUUUGACAUCUUUAUCCUGGAUCGUAUUGAUCACGAACUCCACUCUCUCAAAUGUUUAGACCUUAAAUUUGGCUUAUAAAGUUUAGAAUUUUUCAGACUUUUUUGGCAAAAUACCUGUUUUUCUGUUGUUCUUGUUGUUCUCUUGUGUGUUCAGGUUUUCUAAAGCGUCUUUUUGUGCCCUGACAUUUUCUUCAUUCACGGCAUUAUAAAACUUCAUCGCCAUCUUGACCCUGAGACAUACGGAAGGGUUGCCAUGGCAAUUUGUGAAAUUACAAAUUAACGCUGAAAUUUCGCGCCAAAAUUAAGGAGUAAUUUGUCACCUAUGGUAUUAGGUCAGUAAUCCUACUCGUGAUUAAACAAAUCAGACUCCCGCUACAUGGAAGUCUGAUUUUGUAUAUCACUCUUAUGAUUACAGGCCGAAUUGGACUCCACUCAGUACCAUUAUUACAUGUAAUCAUGUUGAUAAAACUAUCAUGCUUUCUAGAUAUGAAGAGGACUGUCAAAAAGGGGAUUAUAUUAAACCAAAGGUAGAGUGCAAGUAAUUGUAUAACAUUUCUCUUAUUAUGUUUAUACAAUGGUAGAUGUACUGUACACAUCCUAUUUUUGAAAUCAGUAAUUUCCUCUUUGAUUCAAUGUGGCAGUUUGUUGUGAACAUCUUUCCUAAAGACACCCAGAUAUAGGCUGGGUUAUGUAGUUGCAUUAUCUUAUGUUUAAGUUAUAUUCUGUUUUUGAAACCAAGGAUUUACAUUGUACGAUGUAACAACUAGAGGUACUCAUUCCUGGCCGAGAUGCCCCUGAUAAAAUCAGUAGGGGUAGUUAAUUGGUAGUCACCUGCGAUACCUCAGAAAAUUUGUGGCUUUGUACCACAGGAACACCAAGAUUAGGAUGACCUGCUGACAUCACCAUUUUUUUAUUUCCUUUACUAAAAGAAAAUAUGCAAACAAACAAACAAAAUAAUAAACUUACUUGGUUGAUAUAUCAGAUUUGGAUUCCCAGAAAAUGCAAAGAUUGUGACAUUAUGAUUUCAAUGUUCUUCAGAGUGAAGAAAUUAUUGAUGAUGAAAAGUCAGAGAAACCUAAAUUAAAACGUGGCUUGUUUGGGAGGAGCACCAAAAGAAAGUCUGGCAGCCGGCCAUCAUCUGAGUUUAUAGCAUCUGAAAUGACAACUAUGAGUGAAGAAGACAGAAUCAUCUUGAUGAGAUGUGUUAAGAGUGGAGAAAUGAGCGUUGAUCAAGCUCUCAAGCGGUUUAUAAGGUAAGCACAUAAAGGCGUUUAUUGGUUGUGACAAGCACCAGCAACUGACUUAUGUCUGAACAAUCGAUCAAGGUGAAUAAAAUUGUCAUUGUUAAAUCAAGCAACAAAAUCGGUAUUGUGCUCGUAUAUAUAAUAUUGUUAUUAGCAGGUGAUGCGUUUGUUAUACGUGAAUUACUAUGAACGUAAUAAAGUUUUAACCUAUUCCAGUACAUGCUGGCCUGCAAAAUACAACUGUUUUUUCUUCAGUCCUUGCUGUUAGGGAAGUUACGUGGGGGAGAUGUCUGUUCUCAACUACAAAAAUGCCAUACUGAUGAUGUAAACUCUCUCCAGAAUCUGUUUAUGAGCUCAGGUUGUUUGCAUUGUAGUGAUAUUCUUUUAGCUAUUGUUGACGAAUGACACAAAGGUCAAAAUGUAAGUGUGGUGAAUCUACUGUAAACAGUUUAUAUUCUUGGAAUAAAUCCUUCUUUAGUGCACUGCAGUUGAGUUUCGCUGCUGCACAUUGGCAGAAGAACUCAAACUUUAUGAUAUUAGAAACAUAAAUCUGCAUUUGGAACCCCAUAUCUACCAGAUAAAUAAUGUUAACAUUAAUGCACAUCAUUAGUAUGGCAUAUGUGUCACUGCACUGCAAACAUCUCAUCUGGGAAAUGUCGCGAAGAGCAAGGAGAGAUGGCUGUAUUCGCAGGCUAAGUACAUUUUACAAACGGAUUGCAGAGAGCACUUUCAGCUUUAUAGUGACAGAUUAUGUAAUAAUAUUAUUGCCUCCUAAACAGGGAAUAAAAAGUUGGCAACAACAUGUUUUCUCAUUUAUAUUUUUUUCUCAGUUAUGAGGAAAAACACAAGAAAUCAGAGUCAGAUGAUUCUGCCCCUCAAAAGGUAUGAAAUUGUAAAACGAGUACCAUUCAUAAAUAAAGAGGUAAACAGAAGAAUUGUGCAGCCAACUUGAAGACUGAUUGAUAGAAGCACUGUAAAACCAGCUGUUAAAAUGUGUGGUGAAUACAGGGUUCACACGCACCUUGAAAGUCCUUGAAACUCCUUGAAUGUUAAAAUAUAAAUUCAAGGCCUUGAAAGUCCUUGAAAAUUGCAGUCGGUGCUGGUAAGUCCUUGAAUUUCAAUGCUAACUUAAAAGUUUAGGUAGAACUCCAAAGAAAAAGAAGCAAACACAGAAAGACCUUAGGAAUAAAUUUACUCAUGUUGUGGAAGAACAAAAAAAGACAUAGAGUCAAGGCUCUCUUUUACACUGAAUGGAGUCCUUGAAAAAUUAACGGGAAAUGUGUCCUUGAAAGUCCUAGAAAAGUCCUUGAAUUUUUUGUUCAAAAAAGGGUAGGAACCCUGUGAAUAGGUGUCAAUCAAGUUGAUGUACAUCCAAUUACUAGGGAGAGUUGGCUGGAUGUUUUAACCGUAAACAAGGAUGCCGAGCUUAGCUUAUCAUUAAUAUCAUUAACUAUUAGGCCUUUCGCAAAGAACUGCCUCUGGUUGUUUUAAAGGUGGACAACGCUAGCCAUUGCAUAAAUCUUUAUACAGUGGGUAACGCCAUACUGGUUUCCCUAAUACUUAUUCACUCUCCAACUGGGGUCUACUUUUUGAGGUGUCCAAAUUUGUCUAGCCACUAUCCAAAUGUACCAAAAUUAUUUGCAACUUGACUACUAAGCCAUUUCUGCUUCUAAGACAAAUGAUGUGUACAUGUAUGUUGCUACAUAUGUAUUUGUUUUUGUGGUAUGUGUCCAAAGCAAAACUUUGAUUUAGAGUUUGAAUGGAAACAAGCAUGCUUCAUGUUUUUUGUAUCCCUUGUUGCUAUAAUAUUAUUGCGCUAAUUUGAAUGGGCGUACUUUCAAAGAUCAGUUUGUCCUGUACAAGUUUUGUCUUAAAGUCACCUUUCAGAGUUAAAUUUGAUGAUAAGUGGAGAAAGAAUCAUGAACGAUAGUCUCAUUUGGGCAAUCAGUGAUAUUUAUUUGUCUGUGGGUUAACUGGAUUAUGCAGAGUACGUAAGUGAUGGCAUUACUUCAAAAAAUUUAAAAUAACAAAUAUUUUUGUUUUGUUUCUUUACCAAAUCAGCCGUCCCCCAAGUUGCCGAAGUCAUCAAGUGGAUUUUCCCGCAUCAGUAUCAAGAGAGUCUCUGGCGUUCUUUCAUCCUCCUUUAAACUGCCUACUUCUUCUGUUAAUGAGCCAAAUGCAGUGUUUUACACUGGUAUGUUGUGAAGCUUUUACCAUCUACAUGUACAAUCGGUGACAAUAUUAGUUGGAACACUCUGCCCUCAAGGACCUUUCUCAUGUUUCGUUGACACUAUCUACUUGUGGUUCAAAUUGGGAAAUGAGGGGCGUUUGUUCUAAGUUAGUUAACCACUUUCUAAAGUGAGCUGUUGAUGGUAGUCUGUAGAAUACGCUAUGCAUGUCGCAGAGUCCCAGUCGAUUUGAUGCUUCAUCAAUAAAUGGUGUUCAGCAAUGUGACUGUUGACAUCUACGACGACUGCUUACGAAUGUCAAGGACAAAGACAGACCGGAGGACAGACAGGGAGCAGUAUACAAGAUCAAAUGCUUCGACUGCCCGACCCCUUAAAUCCUUCAGACCGGCAGAAACCUUAGUACGCGACUGACUGAACGCAAACGAUCGACAAGAAUUGUUGAUGUCAACAACAAUCGUAUUCAGGUCUACGAUCACCCGGACGGUCACAUGCCUCACCUAGCUAUGAAAUGACUCCUGGGUUCAAACCUGUCAUAGUUUUAAGUGAUUAUUGUAAUCUCUGCUAAGAUACAAGGUGCUGGAUUGCAGAAAAAUUGUCUCUCCAGUACUCAUCCACAUUUAAUGAGAAACAAUAGAGAGUAUUUCUCGUACAUAUUUUACCAAACUGUUUGUGAGAUCUAAAUCUAUUUGGCUUUUUCCAGGCUCACAAAAAAUAAAUGAAUGGAACUGGGGAUACACUUUCUCCAGUCUUUUUCUCACCCUGUACUUCCUUGAUGUUCGCUUUCUUCAGCUUUGCUACUACAACAAUUUGAGAACUUACUUCAGGCUGAAAUUUAUCCGCUGUGGAUGUUGCUUACAUGUACGAUAAUUCUUAACUUUUUUUGUUUAUUCUUUUCGCAGGAGAAGAUGGUGGGAGUGUUGAUGGUAGCGUGAGUUCAGGGGAUGAGGUCCUGGGAAUAGAUUCUUCCCCAGCUCCCUCUCCUCUUCUCGCAAACGUUCAAGGCAAAAACAAGGUAAAAUACUUGUAACUACAACUUGAUGACUGAAAACUGCACCGCAAGGAACGUAGGUGCAAGUGCUAAUGUUUCUCGCUAAAAGACUUGAUUAAUUUUCUGUUAAUCUUAUGUUUGAGCUUGACAAAUUAAAAGCAAAAAAACAGAUUUGCUCCUCAAGAAAGUAUUGCUCUACAUUAACUAGUGAUAGUUGACACAGGGGCGGAUCCAGGAUUUUUCUUAGGAGGGGGUGCACCACUAACUGACCGAUGACGUAAAAAAUUUUAAAAGCGAAUACGAAGAAGAGGGCUUUUGACUAGGAAAUAACAUAAUGUGAACUGCUGAGAAUACAUAUCAAACGAUAGAGCAGAUUUUGUAUGUCUGUCAAGCGACUGCACAGUGUUAAUUAGAAAGCGGCCGCAGGUCAUCCCGGGGGUUGGGCUGCGCACCCCCUGCACCCUCCCCCUGGAUCCGCCCCUGUGACACUACAGCUGCCCCCGCUCUGUAUAUUGUCGGUUAAUAGUAUUCUUGCUCGUUGCGUAGCUCUGUUAAAUAUACCGAUUCAUAAUGAAGAUUUUCACACAUAUUCCAUACAAUUGGUGAGAUAAAAACAGGGAACGCAAGGUCCCACGCACUGAUUCAGUUCGAUUUACCCAGCCGGCUUUGAUCAAAAGAUUCUCAGUUCGCGAAUAUUUUAUUCUAAACCGUAAGAAAAGAUCUCAUUAGAAGUUGGAAUUUUUCCCAAUUUCUCUUUCACUUUUUACAUACAGCUCAUUUUAUUAGCCGGAAAGUGAGCCUUAGAAAUGAAAAAGUUUAAAUAAUUGUCGGCGAAUUUCUGUAAUCGUCCAUCGUCCUGCUCGACGAUAAGUUAGCCGUUGAAUUACUCGUCUUGCUUGUUUGUUGACUGAGUCUUAUUCCCCCAAAGACAGAGAAAGAGUGCCUGGCGAAUUGUUUCCAAGCAUAGGUUUGUGAAUGAUAAACUAGCGUCUGGGAAACUGUCCAAGUGUUUAUAUGAACACAGUUAUACGCACCCGCUUAUAACGAGCGCUUAACGAGUGUCUUUUGGUCCAUAACUUUCAAAACAGCUGCUCCACAGAAUGUCACUGAUAACACGUAACGCAAAAGAGUAUCGAAGUGUGCUGUACAAUAAGUGUCACAAAAUCAACCUAAGAGGUCCCUGCGGGGAUUUUCUGUCUUACUCCAUCUCUUGCGGGCGGGAACUAAUAUAAAAACGUCAUCAUUACCAAACGAUUCCAUGCUUUUCUGGUACACUGACUGUAUAUUUCAGCUGUAAGUACUUUUCUAGAUAUACGCACGAGCUACCAGGAUGCCUUUUCGAGUUUUCGCCCGCGACUACCUUCUUUGGAAUGAUUCCAACCGUUUUGUGCAACUCCCACCACAAAAUUGGGUUGAUGCGCAUCGUACCACAAUUUUAGUACACUAAAACUAAUGAAAACUGUUUUCCACUAUCAGGUCUUGAAAUUAAUUGCAACUCUAAAACUUGGCUCAGUGCCACGUUAAGUUUUUAUCAAGUAGCAAUCACACUCCUCUUUGUUCCUUUCAAAAAGUUUUAAUAAUUCACAUAGGAAAUGCGAAAGAGAGGUGGGGGGGGUCUCCGCAUAUGAAAGGGGUGGGGAUGCUCGUCGUCUCGCUUAGGGUGUAAAUUUCGGAUUUUGGUCUGACUUGGGGUGUUUUGGGCAAAACGCCAUAGUGUUCAGUCGUGAAGGUCUCGUUUAGGGUUGCACGCGAAAGAAUAUAAAAAUAUAUAUUUGAUAUGUAUAUUUUUAAUUCGUUUUAUUUGCUCUAUUCAUAUAAUCUAAGUUUCCUCAUUUGUCUGUGUCUUCACAUGGUCUCUUUUAGGGGUCAAAAAAGCUUGGGCCACGCCCAGAUCGGUCUCCUUCAGGGGGUUAAUUCAAAAUUUCCAACGAGCAUCCCCACCUAUUUCAAAUGUGGAGUCCCCCCCGGUGUCUAUACAUCUACAUCUGUUUUAAACACGGCUGAAUAGACCCUUCCAAGGUUAUUUUUUUGGUAUAAAUUUGGCUGUGUUAACUGUUAUUGUCAAGUCUAAACGCCGCAUCGUUGUAACUUGAUAAAAUGGUGUUGCGUGUUCGAGCAAUGUCGUUGCAAAAACAAUGUUUAUAACAGCCUCGAAGGUAAGAGAUGUAUAGGGUACAGGGGUUGAUGCACGACAGUAAAUGAUUGACGAGGUGCACUAAUGGUUGUCAAACUUAUUUAUCUUAGUCACAACGCAGUUCAUCCAGCAGCGUGGACAGCUUGGAGAAAGUUGAAGGGAAGUCUGCACCUAUUCCCAUGCAAAACCAGCAACCCAACUUCCUCUCUGAAAUGAAGGUCGUACUAGGAAAACAAAAUCGAUCAGAAAGCGGAGAACGGCCAGAAGGUACAAACGUGCCACAUCGCAGUUUCAUUAGACCUUUAGAUUCGAAGACGAGGACGAGCUUAAACUUAAAAGUAUUAUCGCGUAUGCUGAAAGCAUCAUUUUACCUUUUUUCAAGAGAAAAGGUAACACGUUUGUUUUAAUUGAAGAGGAGAGAAAGCCCUCUCCCGCCCCCAAAAUGAUUAAACUUCUGUUAUUAAAUAUAAGUUGUGGUCUGUCACUACGACAUUUUCGCAAAAACUCGUUGUAGAAUGACGACUGCUAUUGCGUUUACCCGCUGGUUCACGCGCGCACUACUUAGUAUUGAGAAAAUCUCGUUCCCAUAGUCGCCCUCGUCUACGAAUCUAAAAGUCUCUAUUAGCCCACACUGCAAUUAUCCAACCUGCUACCUUUUCAUACACUUAAGGCAGGGAGCAUGAUCAAAGAAAAGUCUAAAUUAACCCUUCAAUCCGAUUGUCAUGCUUUGUUGAUCUGCUUAUGAGCGAUGGGAAAUGUACCAAAAUUUUAGGACGCUUGGCACGAGCAAGAGGGAAGAAAGGAAAGGACGAUUUCUUCUCGGCUGAAGCGUAAGAAGCGUAGAAGGAUUGUGGAAAGUUUAGGUGAAAUAGAGGGAGGCUCCGUUUACCCUCUCCUCUUGCACUCUUCUUAUUCCAAGCGUCCGAUUCCCCUCUUCCCCAAUUUUUCUCGCGUCGUCCAAUUGUAAUUGUGCAAAUCAUUGUGCAGUUUUAACGAAUUCUUUUGUACAGGAUCUUGAUACGCAUCCCCUCCAUAACGAUCACAUUUCCCUCCCAGCUACUACAUCGUUACUCUGCUUUCAGUUCUUCUUUUAGAGCAACCCCUUUUAAGGUAUCCCUGGAGGCUAAUUGUUCCAUUUUGACCACACUUCGUCAUGCGUGAUAUCAUGGGAAGCAACUGUACAAAAUCUAUCACAUUUACACAAGUUAAACUUUAUAACGUGUAAAUACUGUGAAAGUUAAUAGAAAUUGAUGAAAAUGAAAGGAAUUCUAAACUUUAAUAUUUUAAUGGUGUGGUAAACACCUUUCAGUUUCACUCUUUUCAAAAUAUCUCUAAGAGAUUUCCUUCCAUGUCGAAAGCUUUUGCCAACAGAUACAUAACAUUCAAACCUAAAAUUGUACGGGAUUAAGUCUCGAUAAACGCUAACGAAACAAAAAUAAGCACCCCAGAAAUCUUGUCAUGCACGUUUGAAGAAACUGUGAUCUAAAAUGCCUUGUUUGCUUGUGUUUUUUUUUCUAACAGAUGCUGUCCACCCAGAUUUAAAGUCCCUUCGUGUCUGUGAUAAAUAUCAGAAGCCUCCUCCACCCCCUCCGGGAAGAAAAACCUCAAUGCCCUUAGUGGAAACUCAAAAAGUUGUACCUCCGCCCAACUCCAUUAUCUCCCUCAACAGGACUCCACCGGUGGUUCCAAUGAGACCUGGGCCUGCUGUGGCACACCCACACAGGCCUCCACCCCCUGUACCUUUGCGACCCUCAAAGAGUUCGGAUGAUGUAGAAAAUCAGACUGCCAUCGGGAAGAAAGUGCAGCCUGAACUUAAUAAUACGGAAGCUGGGCCUGCAAAAUCUGAUUUAACAAAGUUUAAAAAUGAUUCGAGACAAUCAGAAACUAAGCCAAGGCUAAAGUCAGUUAAUGGUUCGGCUGGUUUGGAGCGUGAAAAAUUAGAACAGAAUAAUGCCGGAGAUGUGGUACUUAAGAGACCAAAUAAACCGCCUCCCCUUCCUCCACGUCCUACAAGUUCAAACUUAAAUGAGAAGCCUGAUAUUGCCGAGGGACGUGAUGAGUCUCAAGCAACCCUCCUUGAUUCUGAAGAGAAAGUUUCCCCGACGGAGUCUGCGAGCGACGUCUCCGGUAGAGAGCCUCCUGUUGUUAAACCGAAUCUGAAACCCAAGCCAAAACCCAGGCCAAGACCACGCCCUAAAAUGGAGGACGAUGAACAAUAUAAAGUACCUGCUCCCCGCCCUGUUAGGGUGCCUCAGAAAAAAGAGGUGCAAACUUCGGACAGUGACGAUGAUGCUUAUAACCCCGUACCUCCUCCUCGCCCCGUUGGUAGAGUGACAGGAACAAAUGACACCUCUGAUAAGCCAUACAAUCAAGUGCCCCCACCCCGCCCUGUGGGGCAAUCCCAAGGGGAGGAAGCGUCUGAUGAUGAUGACGAACCGUAUACCGCUGUUCCCCCACCCCGUCCAGUUGUCUCUCCAGGGGUUACACGUACCCAAGGGGAACCUAGCGGAAACGGAGUGCAAACCAACGUGGAAAGAGACAACAAUGAACUGUUGGCUGGCCAACAUAUUGAACAGAAACUGUCUCGAAGUGAAUCUGGUGGUGAUAAGAUUCCAGUUCCCGCGCCAAGAAUCAAACGGCCAUCACACUCACUGGGUGAAAUGGUUGAAAGAAAACUGCAUUUAGAACGCAUUGAUUUGACUCAAAGACCUUACUCUGAUGACGUAAGUAUCUACGGUUUAGUCUAACAUUAACCCUUUAACUCAUGAGUGUGUUACACCUUGGUGUAGUUGAGUUCGAACUUUUGAGUUCUGUGGAGACAAUUCUGUGGUGUGAAACCACCUCAGCAGUUUUUACAUGGGACUAUUUAUUUAGUAUGUAGCUCUAACAUGUGAGUUUGUGGAUGCAAUCCUAUGGAAUGACCGCUCAAUAGAAACCUCUUCAGCAGUACUUUCACACAGUAUUAUUUAUUUAGUAUGUAGUAUGUAGUUGUAACUUUUGAGUCCGUGGAUGAAACCCUAUGGUGUUACCAUUCAAAUGAAACCUCUUCAGUAGUACUUUCACACAGUACUAUUUAUUUAGUAUGUAGUUGUAACUUUUGAGUCCGUGGAUGAAACCCUAUGGUGUUACCAUUCAAAUGAAACCUCUUCAGUAGUACUUUCACACAGUACUAUUUAUUUAGUAUGUAGUUGUAACUUUUGAGUCUGUGGAUGAAACCCUAUGGUGUUACCAUUCAAAUGAAACCUCUUCAGUAGUACUUUCACACAGUACUAUUUAUUUAGUAUGUAGUUCUAACUUUUGAGUCUGUGGAUGAAACCCUAUGAUGUUACCAUUCAAAUGAAACCUCUUCAGCAGUACUUUCACACAGUACUAUUUAUUUAGUAUGUAGUUCUAACUUUUGAGUCUGUGGAUGAAACCCUAUGGUGUUACCAUUCAAAUGAAACCUCUUCAGUAGUCCUUUCACAUGGUACUAUAUAUUUAGUAUGUAGUUCUAACUUUUGAGUCUGUGUAUGAAAUCCUAUGGUGUUACCAUUCAAAUGAAACCUCUUCAGUAGUACUUUCACACAGUACUAUUUAUUUAGUAUGUAGUUCUAACUUUUGAGUCUGUGGAUGAAACCCUAUGGUGUUACCAUUCAAAUGAAACCUCUUCAGUAGUACUUUCACACAGUACUAUUUAUUUAGUAUGUAGUUCUAACUUUUGAGUCUGUGGAUGAAACCCUAUGGUGUUACCAUUCAAAUGAAACCUCUUCAGUAGUACUUUCACACAGUACUAUUUAUUUAGUAUGUAGUUCUAACUUUUGAGUCUGUGGAUGAAACCCUAUGGUGUUACCAUUCAAAUGAAACCUCUUCAGCAGUACUUUGACAUGGUACUUUUUAUCUAGUAUGUAGUAUGUAGUUGUAACUUUUGAGGCUGUGGAUGAAAUCGGUGUGACAGUUGUAAUGAAACGUCGUCAGCAGUACUUUCAAAUGGUACUAUUUUAGUAAUAGUUUCUAACUUUUGAGUUUGUCUAAACUCCUAUGGUGAGACCGUUCAAGUGGCAAGGCCUUUUACAUGAGACUAUUUGUUCAGCUGAUUUGUUUAAUAGGAUUUUGCAAAAUAAAAUUUGGAAUUAUUCCGGACUAUUACUGUUAAAGCCACCAUUAAGAGUCAAAGGUCUAAGUACCUUGAAACUUGUUGACUUAUUCUAAAGGGUCAUAGAGAUUUAUUUUUACCAACACUUUAAAAAAUUCCAAUAACAUUUUUUAUCAGUGACAAAUACUUAUACAUAUAGGCUAUCAAAUUUCAUUGAAAGCGGCUACUUAAGUGUGAUUUUAAGUACUCACUAAAACUUAUUUGCUUGCCCAUAAAUAUUCCGUGGAUAAAGUGUCUUCGACAUUUUUCCACUGACAAGCAAUGUAUUUUUGUUGGGCGUCGUGUCCCACUGAAGACAGGACCGCCAUUUACCGUGGUCAUCCGUGCUACGCGAAGCUCUAGCCUUUUGCAGGCCUACGUUUCUCAGUUACAGUGAACACCCGCCUAUAAGAACCUACAUUUUUUGAGGUCUGACAAAAAAGGUUUGGGUAGUUAUUGGCAAGUUAGGCUAAGCAGGUUCUUAAUAAGGUUCUUUAAUUCUAAGGAAGAGAUUUAGUUGUUGAUUACUAGAAAUAUAAAGAAACUUUAGAUUGGUCCUUAAAUCUGUAGUAUUUAUUCACAACCGUACAUUGUAAACCUCCUUUAUGCAAGGUCCAUGAAGACAAUUGUAACAGUAUGUACUUUUUAUAACCUGUUUUCGUUGUAGAAAUUACUAUUUUUAUCAUUACCUGUAACCCACAUAUAACAACCCGCUUGAUUUUGCUUGGUGGAACAGGUUCUUAUAUUUUUGGGCAUUAAAGUGCCAAAUUUCUGCCGGUAGGUUCUUAACCUAAUAGGCUCUUAUUAGCGGGUGUUUACGGUAUUUUAAGAAUCCUAGUGUUACUCCGGCCCCAGACUGGUGGAUUAAAUGUUACAUCAGCACUUUUAAACGAGUUUACAUCACUCUGUUGUGUGUUGUCUUUAGACUGGUUCCUGGGGUGUUCCAGUGAACUUGGUUGAUCGUUACGCCGAAGAGCUUCACCGUUCACAACAAGAGCUCGCUGGUAUAAUCGACAAAAUUAGAGUAAGGAAGCUGAAGCUAGCCGGGCAACAAGCGGUGAGUAGGAUGUAUAUAAAAAGCUUUACGUAUGCUGUUUUUUUUUUUCCCUGUUGCCUCCUUGCGAUGUAUUAUGUACAGUCAAAUCCCUUUUAAUACGGACUCCCCGUUCUUACGGACACUUUGCUUUAUUCACGGGGAAAGAAAGCCCUUGCAUUUGCUCUAAAAUCAACCCGUUUAAUACGGACACCCCGUUAAUACGGACACUUUCUAUUGCCCCCACAGUGUCCUUAUUAACGGAUUUUGACGGCACAGAGUCAUUCGUUUCCUCCCUUAGGAAACAUCGCCGUGACAACGAUAGCUUAUGACUGAUGUCACCCCAGCAUCGUUAAGCGAGGACGACCUCCAGUUGUUCUCGAACCGUUCUGUUUGUCUUUCUCUGUGGACGUCUCUUUCUUAAAGCUUGUCUCGCCACAAAGCCUGUGUACAGCCGCCCCUUCCCCUCCCCCCUUAAAAAUCGGGGAGAAGAACUCUCUCCCUAAUUUUGUUUGAGGGGAAGGGGCGGCUGUACGCAGACUACUCGCCACACUGUCUCUGCCUUUUGCGUACAUUCGCCGCUUUGGAAACGAGAAGGGAAAUGCAGUCGAAAUGCCUCCCGCCAUUUUUUGGGGGGAUCGUUACUGGGGACUCGUCGGUCAGCUAUUGGCCAAAUGUUAACAGUCCCAGAAGUCUCUGCGAAGGUUACCUCGGCCCAGUUUCCCUCUCGUUUUUAAAGUGGCGGCAAAAAAUUUCCCAUCACUUCUUAUGAAUACCAUUUCCUUGUAGACUUCUUGCAACGUUUCCGAGCUAGACUUCACAAGCGACCCUUUGGGAAACCUGGAAAGUUUGAGCGACUGGCUGACGUCAUUAGGACUUCCCAUGUAUUACAACGGCCUAAAGGAGGUGGAGUAUGAUGACAUGGGUGCCAUGCCUUAUAUGGAAGAAAAGCACUUUCUGUUCGCAGGCAUAUCGGAUCCAAGGCACAUGAGGCGCCUUCUCGCGUCAGUCCAGAGGAUGCCUAGGUGA